AGUUGGGUUUCCAUAAUUUCCUUUAUCAGCGUAUCAGUGUUUGAGAAAGAAGUGUUUCAGUCGUUUCAAUGAAUUAGAUCCUGCAGGGUAUCUACAUUACCUUUCCCUUGCAGACAAUUUCUCAUGAAAAAUAUAUCAAAUUAGUCGCUGACUACAUGGACUUAAAAGGUAUAUUUAUUGUUUUUGUUUCGAAGGAGAAAUUCAAACAUUAAGGUUUGCUUUCACUCGUUUUCCUUUCAGAUGCUUAGUGGAGAAGAUUUAGAAUCGCAUCUGGUUUAGGCUUAUAACAGACUGUGGUUCGAGACCAUGGAUGAAAACGCGUGGCUUUGUCAUUCUUUGUAACAAUCAACGAAAGGAAAAAAAAAAACAAUCGAAUGUGGAACUUUUGCUUAAAAGAAUAAAUAUAUAUAUUUCCCGUGGGAUGCUCGUGGCUGAAAUAACAGAAGAUUUUCUUGGGGUUGUGGAAGAAGCUCCGGAAUAUGGGCGCUAAUCACUCCCACAAAACUCCAGUGUUUGACGAAAACGAAGAUGUUAACUUUGACCACUUUCAAAUCCUCAGAGCCAUUGGAAAGGGGAGUUUUGGAAAGGUCUGCAUUGUGCAGAAGAGAGACACCAAGAAAAUGUAUGCAAUGAAGUACAUGAAUAAACAGAAGUGCAUAGAGAGAGACGAAGUCCGCAAUGUCUUCAGAGAGCUGCAGAUUAUGCAAGGCCUGGAGCAUCCAUUUCUUGUCAAUCUCUGGUACUCUUUCCAGGACGAAGAAGACAUGUUCAUGGUAGUAGACCUUCUUCUUGGAGGGGAUUUACGCUACCAUUUACAACAGAAUGUACAUUUUAAAGAAGAAACUGUGAAACUCUACAUCUGUGAAUUAGCACUAGCCCUGUAUUACUUGCAAUGCUGCCACAUCAUCCAUCGAGAUAUAAAACCAGAUAACAUCCUUCUCGAUGAGCAUGGACAUGUUCACAUUACAGACUUCAAUAUUGCCACUGUUCUAAAAGAUACAGAAAAGGCUACUUCAAUGGCUGGAACAAAACCCUACAUGGGCGCAGUGAAAAGUGCGGAGAGAAAGCCUUCAGUGGUCUCGAAGAGGGAGACGAGUGCUGAGGGCAAGCCACAUACACGGGCUCAGCCAAGAGGCAGAGAAAGGAGGGAGCAGAUUGCGGUUCUGAGCCUCAAGCGGGCCACGAGCACCUGCUCCCAGUCCAGAGGCCAAGGAGGCAGAGAUAUGUAA